AUGACUCGCUUUUUCUGCUGUGGAAACUACUUCCCAGGGUAUCCUUGCUAUGGAACCAACUUCCAUGGGACCUACAGAGCUACCCCCCUGAACUGUGUUGUGCCUCUGGGUUCUCCCCUGAACCACGGCUGUGGAACCAUCUACAGCUCCCGCAACUUCUGUUAUGGAGGUGUUAGUAACUUCAACAAUCCAGGCUGUUGCUAUGGCAGCAGCUUUUACAGGCCAUGGGGCUCUGGCUCUGGCUUUGGCUACAGCACCUACUGA